AUGAAACAUCUGAAACAAAUUACUGGAACUGUUUGCCGACAACAAUUUGUGGCCAAUUUUGUUGUCGACGACUCGUCCGUCGGUAACAAAAUAGAUGCCAAACAAUUGAUAGAAACAAUGGUCACUAGGAUUAUGAUUGAAUGUUCGUUUGGCCAGAGUUUUACCGCCGCUGACGCUGCCGUCGACUUUGACCGGUUCAGGCAAUCCGUACCAAAGUUUGACCAAAACAGACGACUGCUGUUGUGGACACUGUUGUGGCCACAGCUAAUUGAUCCGGUAUUUCGUUUGUACGACAAACUGUUUGGCGGCCGACAGCGAUAUUUCAUUGACAGUGUACGCAAACUUGUCGAACAGCGACGCCGUCGGCAAUUGAUGGCCACCACCACCACCACCACAGCCGACGCCGAUAAUGAUAAUAACAAAGAUUUUUUGCAGAUCUUCAUCGACUAUCGUCACAACAAAUCAAUUACCAAUAGUUCGUCAAAUAGUCUGACUGUCGAUGAAAUUAUUAGUUUAUUUUAUGUUAGUUUUAUGUCGGCCUACGAACCACUGACGCUGAUGCUGGCGAUGUCGGUCUACGAGUUGGCCAGAAAUCCACGGAUUCAGCAGAAACUAUACGACGAAUUGGUGGCCAACUCUAAGAGGAGCAGUAGUAUCGGCGGCGGCGACAGCGGAAACAAUGGUAGCACCGAUCUGUCAGACCUACCCUAUCUGAAUGCCGUACUAAUGGAAACUAUGCGCAAAUAUCCGGCAAUAGUUACCAAUAGACGGGCAACCCAGGACAUCCAUUUACCCGAUAUUGGCGUAACCGUACCCAAAGGUACUGAUGUUGAACUAUCGUUUAUAUCCAUGUACUACAAUCCCCAGUACUUUCCCGAUCCCCUGGUCUACAAUCCGGAUCGGUUUAUGCCCGAAUCGGCCGACAAACUGACCAGACAUUCGUUCAUGCCGUUCGGUUCCGGUCAAGUACUCUACUGUGUCGGCGAACGGUUUGCCAAACUAUUGAUGAAACACGUAUUGUCCGCACUGGUCGUUUGGCUAGAGUUUAGGCCGUCCGCGACCACCGCUGCCGUCGCCGCCGGUACCGAAAAAAUGUCCAAUCAGUUCAAACAAUUUCCCGAUUUAUUGCUACCAAAAUCAGUAGAUAUUGAAUACAAGUUUAGAUUAUAA